GCGGCCGGCGGGCAGCUCCCUUCGCCCCUCGCAGCAGGAGAUGCGGGGUGCGCUGCCGCGGCCGCCGCUGCUGCUGCCGCCGCUGGCUCCCCCCUGCCGCAGGAAGAGAAGGCGGAGGCUGCCGCCCCCGGGAUGUGAUCUGGGCUACGCCGCCCGCACCUCUCCCAGUUAGAGCCCCGCCGCCUCCCGCGCUUCCCGUCCAGUCCCCGCUCCGUGCCGCUCGCCCCUACCCUAGCCCGUCCCAGCGCCGGCCGCCCCGGAGAGCUGGCUGCCGCCCGCCGCCGCCUCCAUGCAUCCCGCCCUGUACACCCGGGCCAACAUGAUACGCGAGAUCGCCGCGGCCGUGAGCUUCAUCUCCAAGUUCCUGCGGACCAAGGGGCUGAUGAACGAGAGGCAGCUGCAGACCUUCAGCCAGAGCCUGCAGGAGCUGCUGGCAGAACAUUAUAAACACCACUGGUUCCCAGAAAAGCCAUGCAAGGGAUCAGGUUACCGAUGUAUCCGGAUCAACCAUAAAAUGGAUCCUCUCAUUGGACAGGCAGCGCAGCGGAUUGGAUUGAGCAGUCAGGAACUGUUCCAGCUUCUUCCAAGCGAACUCACUCUAUGGGUUGACCCAUAUGAAGUGUCCUAUCGUAUUGGAGAGGAUGGCUCCAUCUGUGUGCUGUAUGAAGCUGCACCAGCAGGAGGUAGCCAAAAUAACACCAACAUGCAAAUGGUAGACAGCAGAAUAAGCUGUAAGGAGGAACUUCUCUUGGGCAGAACUAGCCCUUCCAAAAGCUACAAUAUGAUGACUGUAUCAGGUUAAGAUAUAGUCUGUGGAUGGAUCACCUUAAAAUGGAUGGAUAAAUUUGGUUUUUACUUUGGGUGGGCACCUCUGGGGAUGGAUUAUGGAAUUUAAACCAUGUCACAGCUGUGAAGAUCUGGCACACGUUAGAGUGGUAUACUUUAAAGUGACAGUGCCAUAGUUUGGACAGUACCUUUCAGUGAUUUAAUAGCCUGUGAGUCAAAAUAAUUGCAACUUGCUAGGGUGUGAAGAAGAUCUAGGAAGGGUCAGUUUCUCCAAGACAUCUUAAUUUCUACACCAAUUUUCAACCCCAAUCUGUAUUUAUAAAGUGAUUCUCUGCAGUAGGUCUUGCAGAGUAAAUUUGCACUAUUACAUUUAUUAAUUGUUAGCAUUUUUGGCAGCUCAGUAACAAGACUUACUGUUAUGAACACCAUAGUACUGGAAAUUUUAUUUUUCAGACUUUUACCUAGCACUUACAAAUAUGUAUAAAUGUACAUAAGAUUAAUGAGUAAGUACGACCUGGGGAAAUGGUCAGAUCUUUACAUUGGCCUCAAAAGUAGCAAGUGAUCAGAAUCUGCCAUGGCAACAGGCUUUAAAAAGACCAUAUAAAGACACUGUCUGAACUGUGGUGUUAGCACCAGCCAGCUAUCUGUACAUUUGCUAGCUUGUAGUUUUCUAAGACUGAGUAACUUCUUAUUUUUAGAAAGUGGAGGUCUGGUUUGUAAUUUCCUUGUUCUUAAUUGGGUAAAAGUCUUUUCCACAAACCACCAUCUAUUUUGUGAACUUUGUUAGUCAUCUUUUAUUUGGUAAAUUAUGAACUGGUGUAAAUUUGUACAGUUCAUGUAUAUUGAUUGUGGCAAAGUUGUACAGAUUUCUAUAUUUUGGAUGAGAAAUUUUUCUUCUCUCUAUAAUAAAUUGUUUCCUAUCUUGGCAUUUUAA